UUUUGACCUUCAUCUUCAUCGGUUGAAGUGUCUUUAGAUUUAAAAGCCCUGAAAACAUUGGGGGAUCGAGCAGUGCUUAGUUUUGAUCACGCACUAAGUACGACUGGGCGAGCUGGUCCGAACGACUUGAAGCACUGUCAGCACACACGUUGGCACGGGGCCGGGAAACUUCUUUAUUUUGCGACAUAUAUUCUUAGCAUCUCAUACUAGACCAAGGCCUCUUCAGAAAAGACCAAGAAAGCACAGGUACGUUUUUAAUCCUCGCACUAACUUUGAUCACGGUACUGAAUUUGGAAAAGCUACACAACAAUUCUUUUUAAAAAUAAGAUGACAGGAACAGUUUUAGGAGGCCUUGUGGGAUUUUAAGAUUUUACUUGCCACUGAUACAAUCACAAUCAGUUUAGUCUCAUCUGUGCUCCAUUUUAAAUGCUUGGUAAGCGAUAAGUAAUACAUGACUGUUCGAUGUUUAAAGUAUUCAUAAUUGUCCGACGCACCUUCGGGAGCGGUUUCAUAGGACCUGUGAAAUUCAUGACUAUAAUUUGAGGGGUUCUAACCAUGAUAUCCAACUACCACUACCUAAAAAAAAAUUUUCUUAAGGGUUUAUUUUCUUAUCUGGGAUGCAAUGGCUUGGAACCAAUUGUCAAAUCAAACGCGUGAGAUAGGGGAUCUUACUAGCUUUAAACUCGUGAUAUCCUAGGAUAUACGUAACUUUUUAUUAUGUUUUUAUCGUAUUUCUUUAAUGACUCAUUUCUUGUUAUUAUAUUGUAUUUCAAAUUAUUACUAUUUUUUACUAGUAUUAUUAGUCUCGCUUACCAUACAAACUAGAUAGUCACGUUUAUGAGAGUCGAUAGGAACAGAUAAAAUUGUCAAUUCUUGUGCUAAUUAUUGUUAGUUAAUCACUAGUCUUAAUUUUUAUAACUUGUAAUUAUCACACGGCAUGUCUGAAGACCAGCUUGCUGAGCCAUUUACCCUGUUUAAACUGAAGUUGAGUGAUUUAUUGAUUGAUUGUUCAUUUGUUCAUUUGGCCUAUUUCGCCUUUUUGUAAAGUAUACUUGUUUACGCGUGAAAUAUUUAGGCACAUGUGUAAUCUUCGCUGCACUUUUCGGGAGAUGAGUCUGAGUUGAACUGUCACUAGUUUUAAUCUGGUGAUACUGUUAAACCCCUUUAUUUUUAGAUUAAACAAUGGAUGCAAAGUUCGUUAUGGUUUUCCUGAUGGCGGUCGUUUUUGUGUGCACAGAUGCUUUACCUGCAAAGCUAUUUUACAGAAAAGGUACUGUAAGCACUUUUAAAAAUCUCUAAAUGAACUUCGACUUUUGCAGGCUACAAUUCUUAAUUUGCUUUCCUUUAAACGUCUCGAAUACGCAUGUCCCUUUCGAAAUCAGAAUAAGUACAAAAAAAAUCACUACUCCAUUGGCAAAUACCCAUAAAAGGUAUUUUUAGGAUGUACGACAAUUACCUCUAUACUCUUGCGAGUAAAGAAGGGGAAGUUUUUACUAUGAUUAGAAACCUAUGCUGAGUAAAUGUGUAAUUGCAAAUUGUACUGACUUUUAAGGGCGUUGGAAUCUUGUUCGGUACUUGACUAAUGUCCAGUUCUUUCCCCUUCUAAAUUUAAAAUCCGUGAAUUUUUGGUUUGAGUCGGCUACUUGACGAAGUGAGGGCGGAAUUAGUUUGAGAUAUCUCGAGAUCACUCCGAUUUCUUGAGGAAGAAAUAAUUAUUAUUUUUGGCUUGCCCGGGAUUUGGACGGACUUAACCCGAGACCCGUCGAAUCAUGUGGUUUCAUGUGAAAAUAAGCUAUAAAUAAAUAUAGUACACAAGUGGGUCAGUUUCGUGCGCGAAGUGGAAGAAAAGGGUCGACAAAAAUAAUCGCUUAGUUCAAUUGGACAUGCUUGGAAAGAUGAAAUGGUGGUAAAAAUUACUUGGUUUGCCGCUAUCUUAUCCGAAUAUGGAAAAAUAGUGUUUUUGAAGAAUCUUGCAAAACUUUGAGUUGCUCCCGAAAGGUUAUGAUCGGAAAGAUAAUCGUUAGAAUAUUAAAUAAAGUGUUCGUAUCCAUACCCGCGGAGCAGCCAUCAGUCCUUGAGAACGUCUACCGUUUACAUUACAGCUUUUUCAAAGGCAAAGGCCAGAACAUUUAACCUGUGUCCUUUUCAUUUGAUGUUAUUAUCUAUUUUAAUGUCGUGUUUCAAAAUUUCCCCUUGAUUGAGGUCUUAAUUAUAAAUUGAUGUUUUUGAAAGUUUCCCCGCGAAAUGACGUCUGGAAAACGAGCACAGAAAUUCCUUCAAAGAGACUGGUAACUAUUCCUCACGUCAUUCCACUUUUUUUUCUGUUGCAGACGAAACUGGGAAGGACGCUGACCCAAAAAGGUUCACUAGAAUUGGUGGUGCUUCAUGUUCCUGUAUUCCUAGUGGUGAGAAAGGGACUUUGUGGUGGCCGAAUUGUCCACCUGGUUGGGAAACAUGCUUUUCAGCUUUUCCGUUUGGAGAAUGCUGUAUUAAGCGGCUGUAGAAAUUGAUUUCAGUCAGGGCGUGCAGUCUGGACAAGUAGUUUUAUAACAGAUGACGACACAUCGGGAAAAAAUUAAACCGCUAACAUUGCUUAACGUAAAAUUUUGUUCAAACGAAUAAGAGGGUGAACUAAUUACGUCUUGGAUUAUUUCCGUGUUUUAUAAUAACUAAUAAUUAAAAAAGAAC